AGAGGGGGAGAGACGAGAGAGUCGCGGCGUACUAUAGCGCGGAGGAAAGCGGUUCCUGUCAGCAAUUGCCCCCCUCUUGUAAGAAAAAAUGGCAGCUGCCGUGGCUGGAUGGCGCGUACGAGACCAUAAUACCGCGCGCCACCCUACCUCAUUCUGUACGUGUGGACGUACGAGCGCGCGAGCGCGGCAGGCGGAGCGGUUCGCCACGGAAUUGGAGGGGUGAUAGAAGGGGAGAGGGGACGGCGGAGAGGGGACAAGGACGCGAGAAAGGGAACGGGAGAGGGUAGAGGCAGACGGCGUGGAAAAAAGCGACGUGCGACGAGGAGGAACAACCUGGGUGAGCAGCUACGGCGACUACGAUGACGACGAUGAUGAUGACGAAGAUGAUGACGACGACGACGACUAGGACGACCACCACCAACGGAUCAAGAGAGAGAAAGAGAGAGAAAGAGAGAGAGAGACUCCUCCUGUGGACGACGUUCGAGCAUGUUUGUAUGUAUCGUCGGUCGCCGCGGUUGGCAGUUUCGGUCCGACAUGGGCGCGACAGAAAGAGAGGAGCGAGCUGAAGCGAGAGAAAGAAGGACACGGUAUAAUAACGUUUAGGGGAAACCUCGAGGUGGGUUCCGCAAACGGGAGAGAUCCUGCAGGCGGAGUUGGGUGCUGAUCCCAGAGGCGGAGCGUGUUGCGGAGAAACCGCCCAUCGACACCCGCUGGGUAUCCUUUCAUCUCGCUCCCGCUCUCGUGUUUCCACCGUCCCUUUGACUCCGACAUCCGCGACCGAGCUCCGAUGAUCGCGUGGCGGGUGGGGGCCGAAACGAAGAGGCGACCGGCGGUGGCGCGGGUCAGUCUGUCGGGCAACCCGGUCGGUCUGUCGUUCCCUGCUCUGUCCGCGCCACGUUUCGCCUCGCGCGGUUCGGAGUGAUAAACGACACAUCAAGCGCGGCUUCGCUUUUCGCGCGCGCGAUACAGAGAAGCGACUGUGUACGUAAAGUCGCUCGAGUCCUCGCACUAUUCAAUAGGGUGCCUCUCCGGCGAUCGAAUCAUCUCGGAUCACGCUACCUCCAAAUGUCACGGCUAGCCACUUAGCGUCGUGCUUCUCAGUGUUGUGCUUCGAAAUCUAUCCGUCACCGAGACCAACCUGUCGAGCCUCGGCCGCGAUCAAUCUACGCACCCGGAUCCUCUCGCGUCGCGCGCCGUCAAUUUCCUCGCACGCGUGCACGCGCGCAUGCCGACGACGAGGAAUCGGAGUUACUCUCGCCGUUGGAGGAGAUAAUGCUGAUGCCGUUUUAUCGGCGCCCGCGUAUCGAGGACAGAAGCUCGCAUCGUCUACCGGACAGCGAUUAUCAGCCCCGCGAUCAUCGGCAUUGUUGUCGCGGCGCACGACGCCCGUAGCGACGUCGCGACGUCAAGCGAAUCGGCCUCGAGACUCGUUUCGAUUAGUUCACCGAUAGACCCCACGUGGCCCAGGAAGCAGCGCGCGAGGUGAUGUUGCUGGAGUCGCGAGGCCUCGCCGGUAGGAAGAGAAACGGACUGACACUGACCUCGUUCGGCGACGGUGGCGGCGGCGGCGGUGGCGGAGGCGGCGGCGGCGGCGGUGGCGGCGGAGGAGCCGGCAGCGAGGAGGACGACGAGGAAUCCCGACAUCACCUCUAUCUGGGCAGGAAGAUGCAGGGCGAGGGCACCGCCGCCCCCGCGGUACCCACCGGACUGUCCGGGUGCGCCGGCGACGACGGUGACGAGAGCUCGAGCCCGUCGCCGAACAGCAGCCUCCUGAACAAUCUCAACAACAAUUGCAACUCGAACCGGCAGUGCGCGACCGACUUUAGCAUCGCCGCGAUCAUGGCGCGAGACUCGCGUCAGCAGCAAAUGCAACAGCAGCAGCAGCAACAGCAGCAACAGCAGUCGCAUCAUCAUAGGCAUCCGCAGCAGCAGGCCGUCGGCGGCGGCAAACUACAUCAACACGAAAGGGAAGCUAGCGGUUCUGGGGUCGUCCGCGGUGCUCCGCCGGUUCCGGAGACGAUCAAUGCGGAGGACGAGCCGGAAACGGACGAUACCGGAAGUACGAGUGGAAAGGGCGCCUCGCCGGUCGUGAAUCCGCUACUCCAGGAGCGAUCGAAUUGCGAGGAACUGAAACAUGUGGCCUGCCACUUGGAGACCAAGGACCUCUGGGAUAAAUUCAAUGAGCUCGGCACGGAGAUGAUCAUCACAAAGACUGGCAGACGAAUGUUUCCGACAUGUCGCGUUUCAUUCAACGGACUGAAGGCGGACAGUCGAUACGCGGUCCUGAUGGACAUCGUGCCGGUUGACAACAAGAGGUAUCGAUACGCAUAUCAUAGGAGCUGCUGGUUGGUGGCCGGAAAGGCGGAUCCGCCGGCGCCAGCCCGGCUCUACGUCCAUCCGGAUUCACCUUUCACAGGCGAACAGCUCCGAAAGCAGGUCGUCUCCUUCGAAAAAGUCAAGCUCACUAACAAUGACAUGGACAGACAUGGGCAUCUGGUGCUGAACUCGAUGCACAAGUACCAGCCGAGGAUCCACCUGGUGAAGCGGCCGGACUCGGGUACGGCCAAGUCGAUCGUGGACCUCGAGAAGGAGCCGCACAAGACCUUCAUAUUCCCGGAGGCCAUAUUCACCGCUGUCACCGCCUAUCAGAAUCAGCUCAUCACGAAACUCAAGAUCGACAGUAAUCCGUUCGCCAAGGGCUUUCGAGAUUCUUCUCGUCUUACUGACUUUGAGAGUUUCCCUUUUAGAGAAACGAUGGAGUCAAUGUUAGCGGAGCAACAGUCGUUGAGGUUUCCACAUCGAUUGCCUUUCGAGAUGGAGCAGCUCCAGGCGGGCGCAGUAAGCAACCUUAGUCUAGAGGAGAAGGCUUUAUGGGCUGCACGUUCUCAGAUGUUGUUAAGGGCGGCGGCGGCCGUAGCUGUCAGUCCCUAUGCUCAAUUGGUCAGUCCGGCUUUGGUCUAUCCUGGCGCGCCGACAGCUGGUACCAGCCAUCAACAACAGCAGCAACAACAACAGCAGCACCAACAACAGCAGCAGCAGCAACAACUGGGUCACCUAUGGUGGGCCUCGUCAAUUGGCCCGACUUUGUUCGCGGCGGCGCAUCAUCAACAGCAGUUGGCCGCUACCACCUCGCAGCAAAAUCCGACAUGUCCCGCCGCCCCACGACCUCUCUAUCCGUCGCCGCUCGCCCUAGCUCACCAUCGAUUCUCGCCCUAUCAUACGACGACCGCCCCCAAGUCCUCGACACCGGCUGUGCCGUCGCCGUCGCCGUCCAGAAGGGCUACCCCGUCGCCCACAGAUAGUCUCAGCAGGGAGGCUCAGGACCUAUCGCCCUCGUAGUCGCCGGCUUUCCUCGCUUAGAGAAGUACUGGUCGUGAAUUUCUCGAUGAAAAAAGGUUUGAGACUUUUUAUUAAACACUGUGUGAUGAAAAAAGCCGAAUUUCCGAAUGUAAAGGAUUUCGAUAAAUUGGGCCAUGAAUUUGGCAGUUGCGAUUUGUUUUUUACGGAGAAAUGUGCAAUUCCUUCUCAAUGAAAGCGAGCUUUUCUCGACUGAGACCAAAGCGUGAUCGAUUCGCUUUGUAAUAUUCUUCUUUCACGAAGAAAUGGAGAAACUUCACGCGCGGUGAGAAUCGAUUUCCAUCGUAUCACUCUUGCUCAGCUUAAAUUAUUCCUUUUCUUUCCUCUUUUUAGAUUUUUAAAAUAUACACCAAUUCUAUAAAAUUGGUUACAACAUUCUUUUCAAAAGAAUGUACAAGUGCAAUAUUUAUUAAAUUAAUAUUAACUUAUAAAUUAUUAUACUUUCUUGUCUUUAUUAUUUUUUAAGGAGCCGGUCUCCAUGCCGUUAGACAAAAGCAUAAUGACUAUGUAAAAAAACAUUCAUAUUGUAAAGAAAACAUUAAUUGUUAUAAAAUAUUUACGCAACGGAGAUCGAUUUUCGUCGCGCGUGUCACGCUUCGCAUAGUAAUGGAAGGAGGAUGUCGAAGCCGGUAUUGACGAUAUACUCGCAGAACUCGCGGCGUGAAUAGAGACGAUAAUUGUGGUGUCAGAGAUUCUCGGCGGCGCAGUCGAAUUGCUUUCCGUCUCUCUCCCGCGCCGCGAAAGAAACGCGGGGAAAGAAACGUAAAGCUCACGCUCUCCGAGAGAGCCUGAGCAUGCCGUCUCUCUCGGCUGAACUCUCGACCUUUGGCGAGCGUGGUGGCAAGCGCAGAGGACUCGAGCCGUCUCACGUGACUCGACGAUUCCGUUGUCUCUCGACCGGACCUUGGGACCGAGAGGCGCCCGACCUGUGUAUAUCCUUGCCUCGAUCAGCGAUCGGAAGCGAUAGGAUCGCCGCGAUCUUGGUAGUCAAGAUACACCUACGGAUACACUUUGAAAGGGAAACGAUAUCAUUACAAAAAAUCUGUUACACUUGCAGAGGACGCGCCGAAAAUAAGGUACCGUGUUGUAUCUUUAAUUUCAAUUCUUUUUCACUUUUUAAGAUACAUUGUUUACAUUGAUUCUUGUGGUAAUUCUUAAAAAAGAGACAGAAACCAUAAAAGGAGAUACUCAACUGUAUAAUUCGAGAUAUUUUAUAGACACUUUUAAUGGCAUAAUUUUCGUUGCAUAAACAUAUCCGAUAUUUCUACGUAAUGUCUGAAUAUUGUAUUGAAAAUUAUUUUUUUUUUGCAUUUUUUUCGCAUUUUUUUCAAUGCAGAUAACAUCGCGCGUUGUUUCAAAAUUGUGCGAACGAUCGCAAAGAUCACGGCGGCGUUUAGCGAAAUUCACGCUGUACGCGUGAAGAGUACGCGAAUGUUGUAAAUAUGUAACCAUCUUGGCUCUAAAAGCCGGCAUAAUUUCCGUACAUGAUACACGUAUAUACAACAAUCUUUAAGGGUAACUAAGUUGUACGGCGAUUAAAGUCUACUGUAUAUAGGUAUACAUAUAUCUACUUGCGACGUAAGGUAACUACGCCUCUAUCUCUUGUAACAUAAGCUGUAUAUUUCGUAUCACGACCUAUUGUUAUCGUUAUUUAUGUUUCGAUUCCGUAUUUCGGCGCGAAGAAGCGCGAAGUGAGCGGGAAAGAAUCUGCGAUCCCGAGAUGAAAUCCGAGUUUUUUCGAUGGAUCUCAACUUUCGAAAAUUCAAUGAUCCGACACUUUGCGCCUUCUCCGCGAGCACCUUAAAGGGUUAUUAUCGCCGCGGCGAUUAGUUAGUUAGUGUAGAGCGUUAUAUUGUUAAUGCUUGUGUUGUGAAGAACGCAUACACCCAUUGCUGUGCAAGCUCUGCUCCCUUGUAAAUAAACCCUAAUAAACUCUUGUACCGAGCGUACCGUUCCGAAUA